AUGCCAUGGUUGUCUCUUCGACGUCGAGCCAUGUUCAAUAUGUAUCAACGAAUGACUCAACGUUCUUCUUUUACUUUUUUCAUUAUCAUUGUGACUAUUAUUCUACUUGGUUUUCAUUUAUUAUCAUCAGAUAAUAUUUCUAUUCAAAAACAACAACCAUGUACAUCAAAAUUAAAUGAGUUCAAAGAAUUUCAACAAAGUAAUUAUAAUUCAUCAUCAUUAAAACCAAUUAUUUUUAUUGGUGGAAUGCCACGAAGUGGUACAACAUUAAUGCGUGCUAUUCUUGAUUCGCAUCCACUUGUUCGUUGUGGUGAAGAAACAAGAGUUAUACCAAGAAUUUUAAGUAUGAGAACAGCUUGGAAAAAAUCUCAUGUUGAAUGGAAUCGACUUAUGGCGGGUGGUAUGACAGAAGAAAUACUUGAUUCAGCUGUUCGUGCAUUUGUUUAUGAUAUUUUAUUUCAUCAUAGUCAAUCUUCUGAUAUACUUUGUGAUAAAGAUCCAUUUGUUCUUAAAUAUGCAUCAUAUAUUUCAUCGAUGUUUCCAAAUUCCAAAUUUCUUUUAAUAAUACGUGAUGCACGUGCUGUUAUACAUUCAGUAAUGACACGUAAAGUAACAAUAACUGGUUUUAGUUUAACUGAUUAUCGAUUAAAUUUAAAAUUAUGGAAUAAAGGUAUGGAAAUCAUGUUUGAACAAUGUAAACAAGUUGGUGAAGAUAAAUGUCUUAUGGUUUAUUAUGAACAACUUGUUUUACAACCAAAAAAAUCUAUUGAAAAUAUCUUGAAAUUUUUAAAUUUAACUUGGGUUGAUGAUGUACUUCAUCAUGAACAAUUUAUUGGAAAGAAAAUCUCACUUUCAAAAACUGAACAUUCAUCAGAUCAAGUUAUUAAACCAAUUAAUCUCGAAGCAUUAACAAAAUGGUUUGGUCAUAUUCCAAGUGAUGUUAAACAAGAUUUGGAUAUAUUAGCACCAAUGUUAAAAAAACUUGGUUAUAAUACAAAAUCAGAUGUACCAUCGUAUGGUAAUGCUGAUCAAUUGGUACUAGAUAAUAUGAAUCGACUUAAACAGAAUGCUGAUUUUUGGAAUGCUAAAGCAAAAAUUUAUGCUCAUCAAUCACCUAAUUCGACAAAUUUAUUUAACAAAUAG